CUUUCAGAAUAUACUUUCAGGAAAUCUGUCCAGCAGCAGCCCCUUAACUUCUGACUGCCUCCAUCAGUGGACCUAGCCUCACCUUGCUGUGGAUUUCUGACCUCACAGAAUCACACAAGCAAAACACCAUUAUUAAAAUCUCUGCACCUCAUCCUUCUGCCUGGUCCAUCCACAGCCGUUAUGACACACAGAACACCCAAGAGCUCAUCCCAGGACCUCAUCGUAGGGAGGCAUAGGAAGAGCAUUGACAAAUACCCAGAACCUAUUGAGGUCUACACAAAGCUCAGAAUUGCACAUCCCAAAGAAUAUGAAUUCAGUCACCAGACCUCUGAUCAUGCAUGCCUACUGCUAAUUAUAACACAUCAAGAGCACUCAAACAUUUACACUUUGCAAAGUAAUGCGGUGUAUUUGCCUGACCUUUCCUAGCUUUUCAUUUUGUGUAUUGUUAUGCUGUUUUUAUUCUGUUCUUUGCUUGUAAUCUGGUUUUUGCCAUUUUGAUUUGCCCUGAUUAAUGAUUUUUGUUAAUCACCUAAUCAUUUUCCCCCUUUGUUUUGACCCAUUUGACUAACAAAACAUGGAUUUGUCUUCUUGCUUUUCCAAAAAAAAAUUUUAUGACAUAAAAAUAUUAUGAGGAAACAUGAAAAAAACUGCAAAUCCUUUAACUUAAUUGACUGGUUUUAUGUAAAAGGUAUGUUUGCAACAUAUAAGUUUAUGGUAAAAAUCAUUUUACCAUAAACUAAUAUGUUGCAAGCAAUUAAAAAAAUAAUAAAGUGUGACCAAGUUUUUUUUUUUUUUUUAGAUACAUUUGAAUUAUGAGACUUUUAUUCAUCCAGUGAACUGUAGAAAUUCUACAUGGCUUUGAUUUAGUCCUAUAAUCGAUUUCAUCAUUUAUGCUUUUGUUAUAAUGAACAGCUUUUAUUUAUCAAACAGAACACAUGAUAGUUAUUCCAACCAUGUGUUGUUCAUUCAUCCGAAAUACUGGGUUGAUUAUUCAUUUAACCAAACAUGUUGGAUUGACUAUUAAAUUACUUUUUGUUUAAUAUUUAUCAGAAUGGUGUCUUCUGCAGAGCAGAGGGAUCGAGGGACAUUCUUAGCCAAGUAAAGUGACAGAGUGAUAUAAUCAGUUAAUGGCACUAUGCCCUACCACCCUCUUCAGGAACCCUCUCCACAAAAUGUUACUCCAGUGUCGUCUUAAUCUUCUGUUCUUCAUUUUCAGUGGGUUCUCUUUCAGGAGCCCCUGCUAUAACAAUAAAUCUGUUGCAUCCAUUGACAGUGACACUAUUUGUUUUUUAUUAAGAAUUUGUUUCUUUAAAUUCAGGCUGUUUAUGUAGUAUUUGUUCUUUUUUGGUUGACAAUUGUCUGUAAAUGUGUUACAUUAAUUAGAAUGACGUAAAACAACAGCAAACACUGCCAAACACAUUUCAUAAACACUGCCUAACUCUGUUCCGUUUUUCAUUUGUGUCAUUGUGUUAAUAAUGAAGAUUGAAAAAAUAUGUUUUUACCUCUUUCCAGUAAAAUGGUAAUACUUAAUGAUCUAGAGGUGGACUCCUCUGAUCCAGAGUCAAUCUCAAACAGCAAAAUUAAGGAGAGAGGCCAGUGGACCAGUAAAGUAGAAUUUCUUCUGGCUGUGGCUGGACAAAUCAUCGGCCUAGGAAAUGUGUGGAGGUUUCCUUACUUGUGUUACAAGAAUGGAGGUGGAGUGUUUUUAAUACCAUAUUUGGUCUUCCUGUUUGCGUGUGGCAUUCCACUCUUCCUCCUUGAGAUAUCAUUAGGUCAGUACACCUGUCAGGGCAGCAUCACCUGCUGGAGAAGAAUUUGCCCUUUGUUUCAAGGAGUAGGUUAUGGAACCGUAGUAGUCCUGUUAUAUUCCAGUACCUACUACAUUAUCAUUAUGGCCUGGGCAUUCUUCUAUCUUUUUUCCUCUUUCAGCUCUGUGCUACCAUGGGCUAGCUGCAGUAAUGCCUGGAACACUGAAAUGUGUGUUGAAUUUGACAAAAUUUAUAAUUUUAGCAGGCUAAGUAUAUCAGAGAAUGCGACUUCACCUGUUCAAGAGUUCUGGGAGAGGAGGGUAUUAAAUCUUACAGGCAACGUGUAUGAGCUGGGCAGUGUGAGGUGGGAACUGGCUCUGUGUCUCCUCUUGGCUUGGACCAUCUGCUACUUCUGUGUGUGGAAGGGAGUGAAAUCAACAGGCAAGGUGGUCUAUUUCACUGCUACUUUUCCUUAUGUUAUGCUGGUGGUGCUGUUGCUGCGUGGAAUCACAUUGCCUGGGGCCUUUGAUGGCAUCAGAUUUUAUCUCUACCCAGAUCCUACACGUCUCGCAGAACCACAGGUGUGGAUGGAUGCUGGAACUCAAAUUUUUUACUCCUACGCUCUCUGCAUGGGCUGUCUUGUUGCUCUUGGAAGCUACAACAAGUACAAUAAUAACUGCUACAAGGACUGUAUUUACCUUUGCCUGUUGAACAGUGUGACCAGUUUUGUGGCUGGCUUUGCCAUUUUCUCUGUGUUGGGAUUCAUGGCUCAUGAGCAGGAGACAGACAUCUCAACAGUGGCAGAGUCAGGUCCAGGGUUGGCCUUUAUUGCCUACCCCAGGGCAGUUGCUAUGAUGCCUGUUCCACAAUUAUGGGCCAUUUGUUUCUUUAUUAUGACAAUUCUUUUGGGCUUGGACACUCAGUUUGUAGGAUUGGAGUCAUUAAUGACAGCUAUAACAGACCUGUACCCCUCUUACUUACUCAUUGGUUAUCGGCGUGAACUCACCCUGCUCUUCAUCUGUGCUGGGAGUUUUCUCAUUGGCCUGGUUAUGGUUUCAGAGGGUGGCUUGUAUAUUUUCCAGUUGUUUGAUUACUAUUGCUGCAGUGGGAUGACACUUCUGUUAUUCGCUAUUAUGCAGUCAGUGUGUAUAGGGUGGGUGUAUGGCGCUGACCGUCUGUAUGAUAAUAUUGAAGACAUGAUUGGCUAUCGACCAUUGUUCUUAAUAAAAUACUCUUGGAAAUACAUCACUCCUCUAGUCUGCACUGGUACAUUCGUCUUCUAUCUGGUCAAAUUCACUCCUCUAAAGUUUAACAAUGUAAUUGAAUACCCCUGGUGGGGCUAUGCUAUUGGCUGGUUUUUCACACUCUCUUCAACUCUACUGGUUCCCUUUUGGAUGAUCUAUGCUUUCCUCAAUUCUAGUGGCUCAAUGAGACAGAGAUUACAUGAUCUCUGUACCCCAGAAAGAAACCUUCCUCUGAACUCAAGCAGAAGAAAAAACUGUUCAACUUGUAUCGCCUUAACAGCUGUACCACAAAAACAAGAACAUCCUUAAAGAACAUCCCUAAAUAUACAGUUCUUAUAUGUUUAUUUUUCUCAUUGUACAUCACUGUUUACUCUACAUUAUUAGAGGAUUUUUAAUUAAUCAAAUGUUCAGCAAGAACAGAUUGCACGGAAGAAAUCUGAAAAUGCAUUACUUUGAUAUUGCAGCAGACAUAUGUAUCAAAAACCAACACAUGAUCAAAUAAUUAGACCAUACAUAACGUAUAAUUGACUGUAGAGGUGAUUAUUUUUUCAUGAAUGUUGCUGUUGUGCUGUUCAUGAAAUGCACUAGCUAAUACUUGUUUAAACACAUUACUCUGUGUUCUGACAACAUUAACUAUCUGAAGGACCCUCCAGAUUCAUUGACAACCUUGGUAAAGAUAAGCACAAUAUAUAUGUCUUUCAUAGAAAUGUUACUUUUAAGUGAGGUACAACUGUUAAAACAUUGUUAGUAACAUGGUUUAAAUACACCAAACAGGCACAGCUUUAUAGUCACCGAUCAGGAAUAACAUUAUGACCACCAACCUAAUAUUGUGUUGGUCCCCCUUUUGCUGCCAAAAUAGUCCUGACCUAUUGCUGCUGAAAAUAAAGAAACAAAACAUUUUGAGAUAUGCUGUCAUUGGGAAGGAAACUUUGGGAUGGCAAAUACUCUCUGUUUUAUGAUGUCAUUAUCACACCACCCUGCUAUUAAUUAUUUUUCUGUAACUGUGUUGCAUAUUGCCCCCCAAUUAUUAUACUAAUACUUAUACUAAUGUAUAAUACUACAUGUUUGACAUUAACAUAUAGCAUGCAGCAGCUUCUUAACUUCUGACUGCUUUCAUCAGGUAGCCUAAACUUAUCUUUAUCGCUUUCUUUCUUUAAUCAUUAUUUUAAGUCAAC